GCAUGAUUGACUCACAACUUCUAUAGACCUGUACCUUAUAUUCUUAUACCCUACCUUAACGAAAGAAACUUCUUCUUAUUUCACUGCUCCUCAAUUGCAUACAUAAACAUGGCAGUCGCUAUUGAAGUGGGCGAGACCAUCCCGCCGCUAACUGCACAUGCUGUUAGUGUUUCGCUUCCUACAUGGCGUGCGAAUGUAGGCUAUGAAGAAGGCGAGCGAUGGGUUGUAGACGCCAUGAAAACAGGAUAUCCCAGAUUCUUUAUUCAUAAGUCAAUUGCUCGUCUCGCAGAAACAAUAGUAGCAGACCAUGCACUCCCGCAGCAGACCGCGAUGCUCUUUCCCUCUCAUACCAACGCUCUACAAUGUCAAGAAUUUCUAUUUCGGAAAGCUCAAGAUCUCAGUCUGCAUGAUGUGCAAGUAAUUGACUUUGUUCUGUGUCCGGACUAUGAACACAAGCUAGCGGAUCGCAAAAUGCCCCCGAAAUUCAGCGCCGUACUCUACCCACAAGAAAAGUUCAGCGUGGCUAAGCAAUUCUGGCAGCACACGGGGUGUGGACUCUCGAGCCGACGGGCAGAGUACUGUCAUCAACUGUAUGAUGAGAAAGUCAUGGUCAAUAAGGCUAAAGCUGAGGGGAUGUGUCGGUCUAUCAAGGGUCCCAAACGUUACCAGAAAAAAAUGUCGAUAGACCAGUCCUCUGACACGAAUGGACAUGAUGUGAAUGAGACCAGUGAUCCAGCAGAUACCCAAGACUCAACGCAGUUUGUAGAAGAGCGGUUUGGACGUCACUUGGGGAUGUCACUUGCCCCGAAUGCAAAACUGGCUGUCAAACGCCGAAUUGCUGGUAAUCUUACCGCAGAUGUCGAACUCUCUGAGGCCAUAAUACUAGCCAAGAACGAUGAGACGACAAGACUGAUGACUGGAUUCUCUGAGGACGACGUGUACCUCUUUCCAAAUGGCAUGAAUGCGAUAUAUAAUACACAUCGAAACAUGAGAAUUGCCAGAGGAGAGAUCAAAAGUAUAAGCUUCGGCUUUCCCUAUGUGGAUUCGCUGAAGAUUCUGGAGAAAUUCGGUCCUGGCUGCUUAUUCUACGGAUUUGGCGAAUCAGAGGAUCUCGACAAUCUGGAAAAGCGGCUUGCAGACGGCGAACGAUAUCUAGCUUUAUUCUGUGAAUUUCCAGGCAAUCCGCUUCUAAAGUGCCCUGAUCUAGAAAGAAUCCACCGACUAGCAGACCAGUACGAUUUCAUGGUGGUAGUCGACGAAACCAUUGGCAAUUUUUUGAACGUCGAUGUACUACAGUUCGCGGAUGUUGUGGUCAGCAGUCUUACAAAGAUAUUUAGUGGUGACUGUAAUGUCAUGGGAGGCAGCGCUAUCCUGAAUCCUAAAGGCAAAAAUUACGACCUGCUCAAGAAGACGUGGGACACUGAAUAUGAGGAUAAUGUUUGGUCUGAAGACGCCAUUGUCUUGGAGAGAAAUAGUCGUGAUUUUGUAUCCCGUAUCGAGAGAAUUAACGGCAAUGCCGAAGCUGUCUGCGACUUGCUUCGUGAGCAUCCCAAAAUCAAGCAAGUCAACUACCCCAAGUACAGCAAAACUCGACAGUACUAUGAUCGCUGCCGUCUACCCAAGGGUGGCUAUGGUGGGCUUUUAUCAGCAACAUUCUAUGCGACAGAGGAUGCGAUCGCUUUCUACGACCAUCUAGACACAGCAAAAGGACCAAGUCUCGGAACUAAUUUUACUUUGAGUUCCCCGUAUGUCAUCCUGGCGCACUAUGGUGAGUUGGAUUGGGCCGCUUCACUUGGGGUAGACUCAAAUCUUGUGCGAUUCAGCAUCGGACUUGAAGAGAAAGCCGAGCUUGUUGAAACCUUCCGGCGUGCUUUGGCUGCAAUCGCCGCAUAAGUCAACAAAAGAGCCAUGUAACAAAUAAGUUUUCUACUCGUCUAUCUAAAUUAAGAGACAUGACAAGAUGCGGUUAAAGUUCUCAAGGCUGUAGUCAGGAAUACUGCGGAUCGUGAAGGAUCAUAUCAUGAAUGCCACAAUUGUACCCGGCCACAUGCUUUUGUUCCAACAUUGCCUUCAUCGCAUUCUAACAAUAAUUCCUCCCAGUCAUGCACCCUGCACUGCCUUGUGACUUUGACGGAAGCUGGUUCAAAUGCGAAUUUCACGUGCGAACAUUUAAAUUUGUCCAUGCUUACGAGAACCUUUCAAG